AUGGACCAGGAAAAAGUAAAAGGGAAAAAGGUGGCUUUUAACCAGAAAUCUGGUGUGCCAUCUCCAUUGAUUCCUGAAACUACGUUAGAUGCUUCGUCACAAAGAAUAUUUCUAAUAUCGGUUUUUGUUCUUGCACAAGCUUGGAAAAUCUAUGAUUUAUAUAUUUUACGGAAUGAUGAUCUUCGAAAGGUGUUGUUAAAUAAACAGAUUCUGUAUUUUGUGUCACCAGAGGUCUUCUUUUUUAUCAAAUAUUGCUUUAUAGACUGCUCAUUACUGAUUGCUAACUUCAUUCUUAAAGUUCCUAGACUAACGUUGGGAGCACUAACAUUUAUUACUGCGGCAGCAUCACUCAGUACGAUUGAUUUUGUUUUGGCAUUUAAUGUUGGCUUUCCGACUUUUGUUUUCGGCAUUCCCUCCAUUCUCAAACAACUUUCAUUUUCAAGGGAACUUGCUAUUAAUGAAAAUUUUGUGGACCCUCUCAUCGAUCAAUCAUCACAUUUCAAGGGAAGAAAAACUCUUAGGUUUGCACCAGAUUCGUCUAUUCAGCUGAAUCCAUAUGAAGAUCAUUUUUGUUUGCAGGCCAUUUAUAAGAAACCAGUGGAAGUUCCCAUUGCAUACGAAACUUCUGCUGGGUUAAAGCUGCUUCAAAUCUCAUAUAAAGAUCUUAAUAACGGUAUUUCGACUUUGAACUAUACCGGUAGGGAUCUUAAAAGAUUACUUGUCAAAAAUACUCCUUCUUCUGGUGAAUAUGAUCCUGCCGCUAGCGAAUAUCAUAUGCUAAAGCUCCCAAUCGGAAGACCUGGUUCUUACUCUAUUAAAUCUGCAAUUGAUGGUAAGGGGAAGCAGAUCAAACAACAUAGAUCAACAAUGAUCAUACCCGUUUGUCCAGAAGCAUCUUUCAAUGACGGGCAAACUAAAGACAAAUGUGUUGGCGAUCUACUAGGUGACCUUUCCAUCAAUGUGUUGGGCGUUCCACCGUUCACAUUAUAUUACGAGGAAGAAAUUAACGGAGAGCUUUCGCACAUUCCAAAAUCCAUAUUAGUUCCAGAGGAGGACGACUUUUUCUCUCCACUUCUUUCCAAGGAAUUGUAUACGGGACAAAAGCAAAAGUCCUUACCACGAUUCAGUAGAACCGAUUUAAGAGAUAUUUCAUGGGCUAAGAGUAGAAGCAUCGAUGUCUCUAUAGGCAAGCGUUCUAUAGAAAAGUCUGGAAAUUACAUUUAUACAAUAGGUAAAGUGAUUGAUGGAUUUGGUAACAUAGUUGAAUAUGUUCCUGAUGGUACUGAUAGCGGUACCUUCCGCUCAGUAAAGUCACAUCCAUUACCUACUAUCAGUCUUGUGAACACAGAACCUAACAUUCCAAUUUUACAGCAGCAUGAAAAAUACCUUGAGGUUAAACUCAACAAUGUCCCAUGUAUGAGUUGUGAAGCCCCAUAUACUGUUGUUUUUAAGUAUGUUCCAGAGGGCAAUGGAGCUUCCGAGCAGAAACCAGAGAUAUUUAGCAAAAUAUUCGAUUUUAGAACCCCGGCAAGAAUACUAGCAGCCAGACCCGGGACGUAUUCAAUUGAAACAGCAUCUUCAAAAUAUUGUGAAUGUAAACUUGGUACCUCAACUUUGAGUAUUACCCAGGCUAAGAUACCUGCAGUGGACAUAGGGCUGGAAAGGAUCGUGGACAAAUGUGUCGGAACUACAGGAUUCAAGUUCAACUUCGAGUUUAUGGGAAGUGCACCAUUCAGGAUUGGAUACCAAAUUUCGAGGCUUGAUCCUUCCAACCCACAAAGAACAAUUUCUUUAGAGAAAAAGGGUUCCAUAUAUUCAGAAUCAACAGUUAAUGAGUAUGAGUUUGAUCCUCCAUCAGAAGGUAGCUUUGCCAUUGAAUUCUUGUCUCUAAGUGAUAAGUAUUAUCAUGACAAAGUUAAGUUUGUGAAUCAUGAGCAUAGAUAUGUGACUUAUUUCAAACAGAGGCCAAAAGCGUACUUUUCUAGAACCAACAAAGUGCGACAAGUGAGUGCAUGUAAUGGUGGCAGUGCUAAUAUGAGUCUUCAUCUUGAGGGUAAGGCACCAUUUGAUGUGACUUACAGUUUGAUUUCUCCGGACUACAAAAUAGAGUCAUAUCAAUUAUAUAAUAUCUCCGAGCCAGUUGUAUUCUUAACGACUUCUGUCCUAAGUAAAGGAGGUGAGUAUGUUUUGAGUUUGAGAAACGUUUCUGACUCUUCCAAUUGUCCGGUCGACUUUAAGGGUCAAGAAGUGCAUAUUCAUGUGAGAAAUGAUAUUCCUCUACUUGAUUUCUCUACGACACAUAACUAUUCGUUAGUUCAGGGUAAAGAACUUGCAGUUCCAUUAAAAUUAGAUUCUGACCACGAAAUCGACCUAACGUAUAUGUAUACUUCAUUUGACGGUCAUAAGAAAACAAAAACUUCGACAAUAAAUCCAGUCGAUGGACUUUCAGUGGUUGACGAAGGUACUUAUUCAUUGUUAUCAUUUCAUCAGGAUGGUUGCCCAGGUAAGGUGGGGCCUGCAAAUAGUAUAUCAGUGAAAUAUUUAGACAAGCCAUACAUUACUAUAAUUGAUAAGAGUGAUGAACCUACCAAUCAAAAUAAUGGUGCAUUCAGGGUGAGGGACAUAUGCGAAAAUUCAGAUGGUGUUGUCAACCUUCGAGCUUCCGGAGUUGGUCCGUUUGUCAUACAAUAUUCUGUCAGAUAUCCGAAUGGAGUAGUUGAAAAUAAAAGGCAACAACAGCCAAAUAGGAAUUUUGCUGUUCAACUUAAAACAUCGGAGAGUGGAAAGUAUGUGUGGACCAUUCGUGGAAUAUACGAUUCUAUAUAUACGGAAAAGGUUCUGAAUAACCUCGAGAGAAGAGGGAUAUAUCAUUUCAAACCAAUUCGCGUUGAGAGUGUGGUUAAUCCUUUGCCUCAAGCAAUUAUAACGAAUAAAAAUAAUAAGCUCCAGACUUGCAUUUCGGCACUUAAAUCUCAGAAGGACAUCAAGCCGAUUCAACUUUCACUAUCAGGAAAACUCCCAAUGGAUGUGAAAUUUACAUUAGUUCAUGACCAGGAAAACAAGGCAGAAAGCAUAUGGUUGAGGCAUUUGGAGACAAGAACGGUGAAUGUUAAUGCACUCUAUGAAUAUAUGAAUUUGGGAACAUACUACAUUUCCGUUGCAGAGGUCCGGGAUGCUAAUGGAUGCGUUUCUACAGAUAACAACGAUGAAAAGCUUACAAUUCAAGUGAAUGACGUUCCAAAGAUUAGACAUCUCAUUGAAGAAUCAUCGGUAAUAUCGGAUCAUGGCCAGAGAAAAUUGGAGCAAGCUGAUAUGGAAGGAGAUACAGAAGUUAACUAUUACUGUGUUGGCGACUAUAUUAACUAUAUGUUGAGUGGGGUUCCUCCAUUUACGGUCUACUAUGAAUUUAAUGGUCUGAAACAAGUGGUAAAGGUGAAAUCAAAUUAUUUCAGGAGAAGGGCACCUGAAUCAGGUGAAUUGAACAUCUUAGCAGUUUCCGACUCAUCCUCCAAAAAUUGUAUUGCAAAUUUUACGGAGGACACUAGGAAUGACUUAAAGGUCAAAGUGUUUGAUCUUCCAUCUGUUGAAAUAGAUUCUGGUGAGUCGGAUGAGGAGGAUAUAUAUGAAGGAGAUCAGGCAAAUAUUACGCUAAGAUUUAUAGGUCAUGCACCAUUCAAAGUGACAUAUGUGAGAAAGGACUUAUCGGAAGAGGGUAAAAUAGUGGAGACCGAGGUCAUCGACAACAUCAUGGAGAAUCAGUAUCAGUUUUCGGCGAAUAUGGAGGGAACUUACGAGGCAAUCGAAAUACAGGAUGCAUAUUGCAUCGCUAGAAACAAUCAAAUAUAG